GCGACAGCUACUCAGGUAGGACCCUGCCGGGGGAGAGGCUGUAGAGCGAGAGCCAAGAUGGCGGAAGGUGGAGGGAAGGCACUCUAAGAUAAAUCGCCGUCCGAAAAAUAGGUGAAGAUGUCGGGGGUCCGGUUUCGGGCUGAAUGCAGCUGGAAGAGGCACAUCGCCGAGCAGCUGAAGCACAGAGACCGCGUCCAGAGACAGGCCUUCGAGGAGAUCAUUCAGCAGUAUAACAGACUCCUUGAGAAAGCAGACUUGCAAGCUGUUCUUGCAGAAAGACGCCAGACUGAGAAAUACGAUAUCCAGAACAGACAUGACCUGAGCCCAGGGGCGGAUGGGGGACGAAGUGAGACCCUGGUCCAGGAAAUGUCCCAGAUCCGAAUCAAACACCAGGAGGAGCUGACUGAGCUGCACAAGAAGCGCGGCGAGCUGGCCCAAAAUGUUAUAGAACUGAAUAACCAAAUGCAACAGAAGGAUAAGGAGAUCCAAGCCAAUGAGGCAAAGAUGCUGGAAUACCAGCAGCAGAUCGCCCAGCUGGAGGGGGAGUGCCGGGAGCUGAGGAGCAGCCUGCAGGACCUGGAGCGGGCCAAUCAGACCCUAAAGGACGAGUACGACGCCCUGCAGAUCACCUUCAGCGCCCUGGAGGAGAAGCUGCGCCGCACCACGGAGGAGAACCAGGAGCUCAUCUCCCGCUGGAUGGCCGAGAAGGCGCAGGAGGCCAACCGGCUCAACGCCGAGAACGAGAAGGACUGCAGACGCAGACAAGCCAAACUGCAGAAGGAGCUUGCAGAGGCAGCGAAGGAGCCUCUGCCCAUAGAUCAAGAUGAUGAUAUUGAGGUGCUACCAGAGGAGGCUGCAGAGCAGGCAGGGGACACCUCACCCACCAGAGGAGCCUGCCGUACACCCAGUAAGCGAAACUCCCAGCAGCCACCCGGAGGUCUUCUGGACUCCAUUUCUAAUAUCUUUGGCCUAUCUGAGUCUCCAAUUCUAGGGCACCAUAUUUCUGAUCGUUCCAGACGUCGCAGUUUGAACUCCUUCGGCAGCUCUCCGGAAAAUGCCGAGGCGCACACUGGGGUGUGCGUGGAAGUGCGGGUUCCCACCACACCGCUUCAUGUCUUCGAUGCCCAUGAUGGGGAGGUGAACGCAGUGAGGUUCAGUCCAGGGUCCCGGCUGAUGGCAACAGGAGGGAUGGACCGCAAAGUAAAGCUGUGGGAGGUCAUUUCAGGUCACUGUGAGCUAAAAGGAACUCUGACAGGAAGUAAUGCUGGCAUAACGAGCAUAGAGUUUGACAGUGCGGGUUCGUACCUGCUCGCUGCCUCCAAUGACUUUGCCAGCAGGAUUUGGACAGUGGAUGACCAGCGCCUACGACACACUCUCACAGGACACAGUGGCAAGGUGCUGUCUGCCCGCUUCCUACUGGACAAUGCGCGCAUCGUUUCAGGGAGCUAUGACAGGACACUUAAACUCUGGGAUCUGCGCAGCAAAGUCUGUAUAAAAACAGUCUUCGCAGGGUCCAGCUGCAACGAUAUCGUCUGCACUGAGCAGUGCGUCAUGAGUGGCCACUUUGACAAGAAAGUGCGCUAUUGGGACAUCAGGGCGGAGAGCAUUGUGCGCGAGCUGGAGCUGCACGGCAGAGUCACUUCCCUGGAUUUGAACGCUGAGAGGACGGAGCUGCUCGCCUGCUCCCGCGAUGACCUCAUCAAGAUUAUUGACCUGCGGACCAAUGCGGUGCGCCAGACCUUCAGUGUUCAAGGAUUCAAGUGUGGCUCUGACUGGACAAGAGUAACUUUUAGCCCCGAUGGGAGCUAUAUCGCAGCAGGCUCUGCUGACGGCACCUUGUAUGUGUGGAAUGUGUUGACGGGCAAAUUGGACCGGACACUAGGCAAGCACCACAGCUCCACUAUCAAUGCCGUGGCCUGGUCGCCCUCUGGAACGUAUGUGGUCAGUGUGGAAAAGGGAAGCAAGGCUGUGUUGUGGUCGGACCUGUGACUGGCUGAUGGACUGACCAGCCAGCUCCUCUGGAGUGCAGCUUUGUCAGAGACUGGGCUGGGCAGGGCAUGGGACUGCAGGAGAUAGGACUGCCUCGGACAGCAGAUCUCACCAGACCUUCUUGAAGAUUCCCCUGAUCAUUAUCCUGGAGAACCCGAGAUCCAGUUCAGAAUUGCCGUGUCAAACUUGGCCUGCAGUAUGGAGAUGUGAUGGAGUGUUUUCUUUUCGUACAGCAAGAAUCAGUUACCAUUCCUUGGAGUUUGAAAUUGUUUAAAUCUUUUAAACUCUCCUUCAACAGUUAGUUUUUGGACCUAUGGGAGACUGGUUGGCCAUUAGCUGUACCUUAGAUCGAAAAGCCAAUAGCAGAUAUUCUUUUCAAUGUAAGAAAGAUAAUUGCAUAUUUUGUCAAUUUGCAUGCUUGAACAGCAAGAACAAAGUCAUCUCAAAAGCAUCUUUCAACAAUUUUGUUAAACAAUCCAGGGUCUACAGAAAAGUGGUCUAAAUGGGGAAAAAGGUAGCAGAAUGUAAAUGUGCCUCGAUGACUAUAGCCAACACAAGAUGUAGUUGCUGAUGUCUGACAUCUUUAACUAGGUGUUUUGUGACCACACAGAAGUUCCCUCAAGUUAACCUGUUCUCUGAAUCCCUCUCAAAACAAAGUAUACCAGGCCCUUUUCAAAGGGUUGUAGGGUAAAAUUAUCUGCGCACAAUACGGGUGUUCAGGAGGUACUGACGCAAAGGAGAGGAAGCGGCUUAAAGACCUGUAACUUCUCACAUCUGAUUGCUCAGAGCAGUUUUUCAGAGCCAGUUCUCUUGUCAGAAGUGACAUGCAAGUUGUAUUAGUGAGCUUGCUUUUUAUUUAACCAAGCUUUAUCCUUUUAUGAAGCCACCGUAUCUAAAGAGGGAGGUGUGCAGGUUAAAGAAAAUGAGCACUUAAUAGUAAGCCUGUUAUCUCCAAUGUUUAUUUCUUAAUGUGGACAACCACUCAAGGUGCAAUUUCUUAAUUUAGUUGCUUCAGUUUGGAUUUUUUUUUGUUAAAGCAGGAAAGGAAUGAGUGGCCUUUCUCUGUUAAGUAGAUUCCCUUGCACCUGUUCAGAGGGGGCUCUCUUGUAGUUCUUGACUUUGAUCACAAGGUGGCAGUGUAUGCCAGUCCAGAGAAGCUGGUUAUUCAUAGGGAGAGUUGUUUAGUUUGAACUUUGUAUGAAGAUGCAACAAGGGUGAGUCUGUAACAGAGCUGGUUCAGAUCAUUAUGUAAAGAUGUAUGUAGACAGCUGGUUUUAUGUAAUUGACUAUUAAUGACUCCCCCACCAAACAAAAAUAAUACAAGAGUCACUGGUUGUGCUUUUCUUUAACUGCUGUGUGUUCAGUUUAUAUGGAAAACGGCAAAUGAGGGUUUGAUUUGGUGUUGUCCUCCGGUCAGUACUGAUUGGAGUUGUCUAAAAAGGUAACCCACAGCAUUCCAUUGUGAAAUAUUGCAUUUUGUUCAGUUCUGGCUCAGUGUUUGAAGACGAAUAUCCCCUGGGCAUUGAAGUCUUUGUACCACAUGAUGCCCCAAAUCAGUAAAGCAAGCAGUCAUGUUUCUGUCCUUGAACUGCACCAAGCAGUUUUAUUGGUUUAAAAAAUGUGCUAUCAAUGAGUGUUUUGAUCUCUGGUAGUUUAUGGAUUUUAUAGUAAAGAAUCAUGUUCAGACAUUACCUGGAUUAAGACAUGGUCUAGGCAUCUUUACAUUUCAAAAAUGUAUGUCCUAUCUCUAAACACCAGUACUUGUAUAGGUCUGAAUUUGACUGCUAGGUAAAAAAUUGAGAAUCAUGAAAUUCUUCGCUUAACAUACAGACUUCUUGCCUCUUGUCCUGUUUUUCUGAUGGUUUUGCAACUUAAUCUUUGCAUUGCAUCUUGAUACUCAGCGUUCUGCAGGUGUCAAAGUAUUCCACAGUGCAGAAGUCUUUUUCUGUGGUAUACGAUAUUGAAGAAAUGUACCCGAUGCCUUCUGUUAGCUGCUAAACCACUUCUGAAGUACUGCAUCUGUCGUACAUCGAGAAACUACUUCACAUCCACAGCGCUGUCUUAUGAAGAAAAACGGCUAGAUUGGAAUCAUGCCUACCUUUUGUAGGCAGCCAUAAAGAAACCUGUUAGAGGAGAUUAAAUGAUAAGGUCUGUGUGGCACUAAUUUGUUUUUACCAAAUGUUUUUAACCACUGCGUUAAGACAUGUUCCAAUGCUGUAACAUGCAAUUUGGAUUUUUUUAAAACAGUUGCUAUUUUUUUUUAAAUCCAUGGCCACCCAGUCUGUGUAUACUAGAUCUCUUCUAAGGAGGGUUGUGAGCCGUGUGUGCGGUGAUUGAGCUUCAGCUGUUCAGAUACUCCCAGCUGUUCAGCUGUCCUUGAACUAUCUGAAAUGCAUCGCUGGGGCCCAGGGGUGUUGUUCAGCUAGUCACAGCAGCUUUAGAAGGUGUUAGUGUAGAACUCCAGUUUAGUUUGUGGUGUUGAAUAUAAUGCAUUGUAGCUUUCCAGUUCAAGGAAUUAUAGAAGCCUUAACUUCUGUCUGUCUGGCUUUUUGAAUGGACAGUGGAUUCAGGUUCAAUCACAAAGGUAGUAGAUGACAGGAAGUGAUACCCCUCUUGUUUGAUUUGCUUGAUAAACCCUUGUCUCGUCUACCCAGUUUUUUUUUUAAACAGUCCAGAGUGCUAGCUGGAAUAGCUUUAUUCAGGGUAACUGCAACUCUGAAAAGAAGCACAUCCCGUUUUUCAUCUUUUUUGCAUUUUCAUUCCAGUUACUGUAAAGGUCAUCCCUCAAGGUCCGUUGGUGACCCCCUGGUACGUCUCAGCUACUUAAACUCCAAUUUCUACUACUUGGUAAACUCAUGUCGCGUGCAUGCUUGUCUGAAAACAGUGUAUAAACCCGAUGUAGAUGUUAAAGUGAUCAAUUACAAUGGGUGGGACUCCUGUCAGGACCCUCUCCUUGACAAACUUUUCUUGCUUUUCUGGAACUCAUGUUAUGGUGGGGAAAGUGUUGACUGCCCUUGGCCUUCUCAAUCACUAGCACGUGUUUAAUUUGUCCUUUCAGAAGUAUGGCCACAGUAGGUUUGUGAAAGGUGUUUCCUUUUUAAACAUGCACCUUUGUCCACAUCCCCUGUAGUCAAUGAACAGUCUGACACUUAGCCAGAGUUCAUCUAGUAGCCAGUUACCCCACCUACUGCACAGCCCUUUUUCCCCAACUGAAUUUGGGAGAGGCAUCUUUCAUCACUGCAGUUCCCGGGCGAAGUCCUAAAUCCUAAAUACAGCACUCUGGUUCAUAAGCGUCAAUCCUGCAUGUGUUUUAUAUCUUUGAAUCAACAUGGGUUUAAAUUUGGACAAAUCAGUUUGGUAACUUCUUACGUAAAUAAGAGUGAAAGGCACUGCUUGUGACCCUUUAGAAAGUGACUGGACCCCCAUUUCCAAAAUGGGUGUGUAUAGCAGCCACCUCGAAGUAAAGUGCAAUAUGUAAUGAUUGGUCGUCCGCGGGAAGAUUUCUUUUCUUGAUGUAGGUCUUUGUAAUGGGUAAAAGUCCAUGUGAAAAGCUGAAGCCUGCUGCCCAUUGGGCUGUCAGAUGGGGUCUCCCUCUCUGAGCUGCCUCCGAGUCAGAGUGUCCCUGUCUAAGGCCAAUAACACUCGUGGUUUGGUUGCACUUUAUUUGAAAAUGUAUUUGCAUUAAAGAAAUGUGUAUUCCCUGGUUUGCUUCACUGUAAAUAAAUAUUGCAUAUACUCUUUAAGUUAAACUAAA